CUACAAGUCUCUAGCAUCUAUCAGAACUGAACCUCAGCAAAGCCAAAAUAACAAGAACACAAUCCAUACCAACAAUGUCCUCUCCUACCUCAGCCGAUGCAGCUCGCCGCACUUCCGAAGCCCGCGCCGCCGUCACCGCCUCCCUCGCCUCCGUUGGCGCAUCUGUUGACAAUGAGCUGCGGACCCGCACAGCGGAUCUCCACGCCAACAGCGCAGCUAUAUCUAAGCAAGAGAAGGAGCUCGCGAAGCAGACGGCUGCGCUGGCAAAGGAGAGCGCGCAGUGGGAGAAACUGCUGAACGGUGGCACCAAGAAGCUGAAUGAGGUCGGGGAUAUCCAAAACUGGGCGGAGAUGAUUGAAAGGGAUUUGCUGGUCCUGGAGGAGACGGUCAGGCUGGCAGAAGGGAAGGGCGAGGAAGAGACAGCGAGUGGGACAAGAGGGUGGUGAGGGGGAGUGCUUGUAGCUGACUUGGUGAUGAUAUCUUGAGUAAAACCUUCGGACUUUGGCCUACCGGCAA